GUGUAACUACCAUUUCUACGCGAACUGAGACUCUUCCCGAAAGACGAUGGUGAACGAUCUAGAUCAUAUCUUGGCAGUCUCUUCGUGGAUAGUAUAUUUUUAUUAAAGCGAAUAUAUAUAUAUAUAAACGUCUGUGCAAAAUUAAUUUUCAGUCUGUUUGUAUCCUUCUUCUGUAGCAGAUCGUGCAAUUCGGUUCGAAUCCGAAAGAGGCGUACAAUACAAGCGAACUUGAGGAAAUUAUUUCAGUAUCAAUAUUGAUCGAUCGUUGAUCAACCAUGUCACAAAAAAGCUUGGGGGAAUCGACGCCAACGGGGAAAAGCACGGCGACAUACAAAAUUCUUCAGAAUGACAAAGUGGGAAGGUACAUGGUCGCCAGCAAAGAGUUGGAAGCAGGGGAAGAAAUUGUCACAGAAAUGCCUUUUGUAGUUGGACCAAAGGCAUUCACAUACCCUUUGUGUCUUUCCUGUUAUGCAACAUGGCCUCCAUCGUUAAGCGCUAAACCUCUUUGUUCAAAAUGCGGUUGGCCUGUAUGUUCAGAAGAAUGCGAAAACCAACCGCAACACAAGGACUAUGAAUGUCAGGUAUUCGUACAAGCCAAGGAGAAGUUUAACGUGCAGGCUGCUCUGGAAGAAGCAAACGAAAAUGGAGUGCCGCAAUUGGAAUGUAUAACUCCGUUAAGAUUGCUUCUAGAAUCGGAGAGAAAUCCUGAAAGGUGGAACAAUGAGAUAAAGGAUAUGGAGGCUCACAAUAAAAUAAGAAGUCAAAAGAAACAUUGGCAAUCAAAUCAGAUUAAUAUAGUGGACUAUAUAAGAAAACAACUGAAAUUAGACAGAUUCUCGGAAGAACAAAUUCAUACAGCAUGUGGAAUUCUAGAAAUCAAUACUUUCGAGAUUCGAACAGCGAAAGGGUGUAGCGCGAGAGCAUUGUAUCCAACAGUGGCUCUAAUGAAUCAUUCGUGUAUCUCUAAUACAUGCCACAGCAUUUCACCAACUGAUUAUAGAGUACGAUUACGUACCACCCUCAAAAUUCCUGCCGGUGGAGAACUUUACGGAAGUUACACACAUUCGUUACUUCCUACGCUAUUGAGAAGAGAACAUCUUCUCGAAGGAAAAUAUUUCGCCUGUGCCUGUCCAAGAUGUUCAGAUCCCACUGAACUUGGAACGCAUGUGUCUUCGUUGAAGUGCAACAAGUGCGAUAACGGAAUUGUGUUAUCUUUAGAUUCUCUGGAUCCAGAAAGUUCAUGGAAAUGUACGCAUUGUGAAUUCACGACAUCGGGAUCAGCCGUUCGAAAAGUGUUGCAUAUCAUACAAGCAGAAGUGGAUGCAGUAGAGACCAUUAGCGGUGCUGAUGGAGCUGAUGCCAUUCAGGAAAGGGAAACAGUGGUGAAAAAAUAUCGUUCUGUUUUACAUCCUCGACAUGGUUUCCUUACGAUGCUCAGACAUUCGUUGACACAAAUGUAUGGCCGCGUGGACGAGUACCUCCUAGAUGAUUUGCCUGACGUCGUAUUAGAACAUAAAAUCGAUAUUUGCAGGCUGUUACUUCAGGUCUUGGACGUCAUAGAACCUGGCUAUUCUCGUAUAAGAGGAAUGACACUUUAUGAGCUCCAUGCGCCUUUACUUUUUAUCGCUAAAACGCAAUGGAACGCUGGAGUGAUCGACGAAGCUGCCCUAAAAUCAAAAAUGAUAGAGGCUGCCAACAUUUUGAAAGAAGCGGCAUUAAUUUUAUGCUUAGAACCACCGGACACACCGGAAGGUCAAAUAGGUAUCGUUGCUAAAGAAUCUCUGGCUCAACUCGAAGAAUCAAUCAAAAGUUUAUAAAUAUUUAUUGUAAAUAUAUGAAGCUUUGUACGAACGUAUUUCUUUGUUAAUAAAGUUACGCAAGACCGUACGUACGUACGUAAUAAA